AUGCUGGUCGUGGCGAAGGCUCGGGCGAAGCCCAACGCCUCCGCGGUGCGCGAGCUCGGCGGCGCCGUCUCCCUCGCGGGCGCCGGGCUGCGCGUCUGCCAGUACGGGGACGGCGCGGAGGCCCUCGGAGGGCUGGCGGCGGUGCCGCCGGAGGCGUGCGCCCCGCCGACGGCGGCGGGCCCCGGGCGGGACUUCAUGACGGGCGGGCUGCACGGGCAGGGCGUCGUGGACAUCUCGGCAGCGUGGCUCGGGGGCUACAUCUGGGGAAACACCUGCGGCCUUGGGGGCGGCCAGGACGAGCGGCUGAUGGUCUACAUGCCGGAGGUGUUCGUGCUGUCCUUCUUCCUCUCGGAGGCCCCGGGCACGAACCCGGAGAAGAGGAACACGCCUCAGCUGCGGCAGCCAGCGUGGAUUCUAGGACACGGGGAGGCGCGCAGAGUUUUCAAGGGGCUUGACGGCACGGCGCGCUUCAACAAUGCCUCGACGUCGGCAGACGUCGAUGCCGACGUGCCCAUGACGAGUGACCUGGUGACCGUCGAGUUGCCGGUGCAGGGGAGGCUGUUCAACAUCAGCACGUCUGCACCGUUCGUGGCCUUCAUGAGUGAGAACCAGGACUACGAGCUGGAGGACAACAAGUCCUUCGACCGGGGAAAGGCCACGCAGGCCGCCAGGCACAACGCGCUUCCCCGGCAGCGGGCCGUGGACGGGUCCAGCGGCUACGCGUUCGAGAAACAGGUCAGGGCCUGGUACGCCUCCACGGCGCUCACCUCGUACUCGCCGGGGAUCCGCGACGUGCUCAGGCAGGUCGUGAGCUCGCUGGGCACCGGGCCGUGGCUGUCGGGCCUGUGGUGGGGCGACUCGCAGCUGGGGCUCCUGGCGAUGUGGCUCGGGCACGCGAUCGCCGCGACCACGUGGGGCCCAGCCGGCCCUGACGCCGCGGGGAGCGGCGCGCUGCCGCUGGACUACUACUUGUACUCCUCCUUCACGGAAAACCCCGGCAACCAGUGCUACGUGCACUCCGGCGGCGCCUGCCGGGCCUGCCUGCGGGCCUGCCGCACGCCCCCGCCGCCGAAGUGGUCCUUCUGGACGAUGCCCGGCUUCGCGGCCGAGGGCGCCCCCGCCAACGCCUCGUGGGACCCGCCGGCCCCCGAGGACGACGCGUGCGUCACCGAGACGGCGGCGUGCCCCGCCCACGGGCUGCGGGAGGUGGUGGCGGCCUACGCGCGCCGCACGGCGGGGCAGCUGUGGUCCGACCUGGAGGCCGCGCUCCGCAGGUCCUCGGGCAACACGAGCGAGGCGGUCUUCGACCUGCUGCUGGCCGUUCGAUUCGAAGACGUCAUUUUGGAUGUCCCCGUGGUCGAUGGAGCGCGCAAUUUAAUCAAGAAGCCGCUGGCGUGCUUGGCGUCGCGAGCCAAGUUCUUCCCAACAAGGAGCCCUCCGUCAUAUUGUCCGAAUAAAGGCAUCGCCGUGCGCAGCAUGCUGGAGCAAGGAUUUCUCUUCAAUGUGAUCGCCCGCGUGUUGUCCGACGUCUGCGUGCUCUACUUCGACUCGGACGGGCACAUCGUCAGCGGCACGCGCUACUCGAGGGUCGCCGGGCGGUUCUCCCGCGACCAGUACGUGACCGUGGUGCUCAACCUGGGCGAGAAGCCCUUCGCCAACACCGUGAGCCUCUUCGUCGACGGGCAGCGCGCGGCCGACCCCCAGCCGAUCCCGGAGGACAUGCUCGGCAAGGCGCUCUACCCUACGAUCACCUACAAGAACGUGACGUUGCAGGUGAACUUGG